GGAAAAUGAUGCCGACUUUAAUCAGUCACUUCCAAUAAAGUGUUUCAAAGAUAUUGGUUCACUUUACACUAUGUCAGAUGGCAAUAGAGAGAUGGUUGAACGUGAACAGGAAUUUCGUCAGCGAACCGUUGAGCUAUUGAAACGCUUAGUGAAUAAAAUUGAAUGUCGGGAAAUAUUGAAAGUCAGCACGUCUGAAAACAGGGAGUUUGGCAAUAAGAAUAACAACAGUCAAUCACGACAACAAAACUUUCAAGUGAAAACCACCUCCUUGCCUAACUGUGGUGAUUGACUAUUUUUAUCUUUGUAUUGUUUAAAUACUUACUGUUGUUUGUUAAUAUAUUUAUUAUUUUGAUUUGAAAAUAUAAUUCCGCCAAAUACAAAUUCCUAAAUUCAUCCCUCUCAGUGUUUUGGUUGAGUUCCUGUAAUUCGGUCAUUGCGAAAUACAAUACUACUAGUACAAAUAACAAUCACAUUUUGGCGUCGCAAUGGAAUUAAAUAAAUAAUCUUGGAAAGUUUCCUAUAAAUGGUUCACCGCGGGAAAUCUCCGAUUAUCUUGAAUGUUUCGACGCAUGGUGCAUGUCGAAGAAUGUUCGCGAUGACAAAAUUCCAGCUCAUUUUAUUACUGCUAUUGGGCUAGAUGCGUACAGCCUACUGAAAACUCUGUCAUUUCCAGAUAAACCAAUUUCUCUGUCUUAUGAUAAACUCCGUGAACUUUUAACAAAUCACUUCCACAUAACAACUUUCGAAACACGAGAGAGGGCUCAGUUCAACAAAUUUGUUCGUGCUCCCAACCAGAAGAUUAGAGACUUUAUUCUUCAACUUCAGAUACAAGCUUCAAAAUGCAACUUUGGAGAUCAGCUCCAUACUCAACUACGUGAUCGUCUAAUUGCUGGAAUCAAUAUUCUUAAGUUAGAGAAAGAGUUGGUUCAGAUACCUUCCUGCACCUUUCAAACUGCCAAGGAUUUAUGUAUUACGUAUGAAGAUGUCAACAGUGACUACCCAGCUGCCACUAUGUCAGAGUCUGAUGUCAUGCUGUCCAAAGUUGAUAAUAAAAGUGUUCAUAGAAAGAAAUCCAAACUGCCGUCCACAUGUAAUAGAAUGCAUACAGAAAGCAAGAACAUCAAACCGUGUUUUUCAUGUGGAAAACUUCAUCUACGAAGCACUUGUCGUUUUCGGAGUGCUAAGUGCCAUAAAUGUGGUAAAAUUGGGCACAUCAAGUCUGUCUGCAGAAGUUCAAAUAAUUAUGCUACUCAUAAUUCUCCCAAACUGUCUGAUAAAAUGAAGUCAAUGUCUCUUUCAACUUUUCACAAUACUCAAUCUCAUCUAGUGAGAAACUUCACUACAAGUUCAGGCAAGUCUCACUGUUUUAUAAUUGAUACUGGGAGUACUGAAUCUAUAAUUUCUAAGAAAGAUUUACUAUCGCUUUGUAAGCAUGCUCAGGUAGACCCUACUACUAGUUCAAUUACAGGCAUAACCGGUCAUAAACUACCUCUUAUUGGUGCAACUAACAUUUGUUUGAAGUCAGACAGUGGCAAUUUUGUGAAUAUCCCCUUUCUUGUUAGUGAAUAUGGUCCAUCUUUAUUGGUAUUGAAAGCCCUUAGAUUGUUAAAUGUUGAAAUCUCACUUUGUACUGAGUUGUUUGAUGAAUCUUUGUUCAGAGAAUUAGUUUUUCAAUGUUCAAAGUGUGUAGGUGGCAUGCAGAUUCAGCCCAUCCAUCUUGAAAUAGAGGGUGAUCCUAUCUUCCUAAAGCGCCGAUUAAUUCCAUAUGGUUUGCGAGAUGCAUUUAAGAAAGAGUUAGACAAGUUGGUUGAGCAGGGCAUACUUAUGCCAGUUGAAUCUUCGAAUUGGGCUACUCCCAUUGUCACACCACUAAAGGCUGACGGAAAAACACCGAGAAUUUGUGGUGACUAUCGUCUUACACUCAAUAGUCGUCUUCUACAGCAAAGUUGCACUACGCUAGAAAGCGAAGAUAUUCUCUACAAGCUACAUGGCUCAAAAUACUUUUCCAAAAUAGAUCUAAAAGAUGCUUAUUUGCAAAUUCCUCUUGACGAAGUAAUAAAUCAGAUGAUAGACGGAUUAGAUGGUGUUGAGUCUUACCAAGACGACAUUAUAGUUCAUGGUCCGAACAUCGAAUUGCAUAAUGAACGUCUUUUAAAACUGUUCAGGCGCUUCUGUGAGAAAAAUGUUCUUGUUAAUCCAUCUAAAUGUCAUUUUACUUUGUCGUCUGUAUCAUGCUUGGGAUAUACAGUAGACUCUGAGGGUUUCAGACCUGAUGCUAGGCGUUUGGCACCUCUAAUUCAAGCACCGUCACCUAAUAAUAUGACGUCGUUGAGAUCAUGGAUUGGCACUCUUCAAUUUUACUCCAGAUUCAUUGCCAAUUUCACUCAACUGUUAUCUCCACUUUUUAAUAUUGUCUCCAGUAAACAAUUUAAGUGGGAACAACAACAUGAAGAUAUCUUGCGAAAAACUUUGGAGUUUCUUAAUAAACAAGCUUUCUUAAGACCUUUUUCAUCGAAAGAUAAGUCCGUUCUCACUACAGAUGCUUCUCCUACGGGUAUAGCUGCAGUACUUGAGCAAAAUGGACAACCUGUUAUUUGUAUUUCAAGACGUCUAAGUAAGAGUGAACAAGGGUACUCACAAACCCAGAAAGAGGCUCUAGCAGUUGUAUGGGCAAUAAGACGCUUGCACAAGUAUCUCUUUGGUACUAAGUUUCACAUAGUUACUGAUCAUCAGGCUUUGAAAUUCAUUUACAACCCAGAAAAAUCUUUGAAUAGAUCAUCUGCUGCUAAGGUUCAAAGAUGGAGUUUAGAACUAAGUGCAUAUGAUUACACUAUUGAACACAGAUCGGCUAAGGAUAUACCUCAUGCAGACUUUUUAUCUCGUUAUUCAUUAUUUGAAAAUUCUGCUAAUGACACUGAUUGUUUGUUAGUUCAGCCGUUACCUGUGGAUAGAGUUCGACUUAUAAACGAUACUCGGAAAUAUUACGGGUGCAUUAUAAAUGCAACAAAAAGAGGUUGGAAUAUUCAGUGUAAGCGAAGAUUUCCGGACUUUUAUAAGCGAAGAGAUGAGAUUUCAGUCCAUCCUGAAGGAUUUCUAUGUCUGAAUGACAGAAUUAUUAUUCCUCCGACAUUAAGAUCUGCGAUUUUGGAUGAUCUUCAUUCUGCGCAUCUGGGAGCUGAUAAGAUGAAAUCAUUGGCGCGUCUAACAUGUUGGUGGCCGGAAAUCGAUGCUGACAUUAACAAAAGAUCGAAGAGCUGUUUGCAUAAAUUGUCCUAUGGGAAGUCGUCGUGGAAACCGUGGCCUACGUCUUGUGAGGUUUGGCAGCGUAUUCAUGCAGAUUACUGUGGUCCAUUCUUAAAUUCAUACUAUGCUUUAAUUAUUGUGGAUUCUUAUUCUGGAUGGCCAGAAGUUAUAAUUACAGAUAGUCCUAAUGCGAAAUUCACUCACAGAGCGUUGAGAAAGAUUUUUAGUCGACAAGGAAUUCCAGAUGUCUUAGUUACUGAUAAUGGUACUCAUUUCACUGAGAAGAACUUCAAUGAUUGGCUUAAACACAUAGGUUGCCGUCAUCUGUACACAGCACCACGUCAUCCUCAGUCAAACGGUUUGGCAGAAAAUUUCGUACGAACAUUAAAGAGUGCCAUAGCAUCGAUGAGUCCUAAAAAUUUUGAUGAGCUAGAGAGAUGUGUAGAUAACUUCCUACUUCAAUAUCGCAAUGCGGAGCAUACAAGUACCCAUGAAAGUCCUGCUAAACUGUUCAAAUCUCGAAUUCUCAGAAAGCACCUAAUGUCUACGACUUCUGAUGUACAUUAAUACAGAGGGAAUGACUAUAGACCUUCUGUUGGAAUCAUACUACAAAAAAUGGGAAAUCGAAUGGUGAAAAUAUUAGACAUCGAAGAUCAUUCAAUUCAUAACAGACACCUGGAUCAAGUGAGAAUAAACGAAGUAGGUCGUUCCGAUUAUAAUUUUAAUGAUUCCGCUACUAAUCCUGAUAUUGUAGAUAAUUCAGAAAUAAGUCCAGAUGAUACUGAUGAAAAUAAUAUCACAGAAUCAGUUAGAAGAUCCCAGAGACUUGCAAGCAAACCGAGACAUCAUUAUAAAUACGCAAGGAGACAUUCGACAUGUGGCGGAUGUGGUGAUUGAC